UCUUACUAUCAUCCCUCUAGUAUUGACUUUAAAGCAAAAUUAAUAGUAACUCUCAUGCGAGAAAACUCCCAUCCAAUCCAUUCAUCAAUCCCAUCAAACGCAACAUGUUCGCAUCGAACUGAUAUAUAUUGCACUUGUGAUGAAUCGAACCAAAAGUAUCUUUUGUUUUUGUUUUCUUUUUUCACCCCGAUGACGAUGAACGAGAACGACGAACGCCGACGAGCGUCUACACCAACAACGAACGAAGUCGAAGUCGUAGCGCCCUUUUGCCUUGAACAGGUUGAAGUUAAAAAAUAUCAGACAACAAUUCGUUUUCGUUUCAAAAUUCAAGCAGGCUUCUCGUUCUCGUUCUCAUCCUCGUACCUCGUCGUUCGGUCUCGGUGUUAUGUUUUAGGGGCUGGCCUGGCCUGGCGCUCGGCUUCGGAAAAUCAUAUGAAGAAUUGAAAAGAUAGAUAGAUUGCUGCUGCUACUCCUGCUGCUGCUGCUGUUCGGUUUAGCUUCAGCUGUAGACUGUAGAAAGAUACUUUUGCACCGUAUAUCGUGGAAUAAUUCCCACUAUAUUCAGUCACAUUGCGACUUUGUUAGAUGACGGACGUGAGCUCUAAAAAUUAACUGAAGCACUUUUUUAAUCUUUUGUUUUGAAAUUUGUGUACUAAAUGUGAAGAAAGUGGAUAACGUGAAUUUUUGAAUUGAAAGUAAAAACAAAAAUAUAAUAAAAACCAUAUUUAUGACGAAAACGUUCCUAAACAAAAGAUAAAUAAUUUAUCAAAACAUCAACAAAUUAAAAAAAAAUAUUAUUUUGUUCUUUUGGUAUUUUACUACCAAUGUAUUUAUAUAUUUUAACGUAGAGCUGCAUAUUUUCAUGUGGAAUUGUGGAACAGGUGUAUGAGAUACAUUUUGCUAUAUUGUAUCUAUUUAAUAAUAAUAAUAAUAAACAACGGAAAAUAUUUUCUGAAUGAAAAGAAUUCAAUUUUUGAAGAAAAAAAAUUUGUUUACAAAUUUAGUGUGUUAUGUUUAAGUGAAGAAAAAUAAAUUUAAUCAUUUAUUUAAAUAAAUACAAAAAAUAAAAAUAAUGAUUAUAUACCUAAGUGAAUAUUUCAAACAAUAAUUUAAAGUUUGAAUGUUUUUUUUUUUUUGAUUUUGUUAAAAAGUGUGAUUUAUUAAACAAAAUCUAUUGGAAUAAAUAAAUAAUUUAAAUAAAAUAAGAUAUUGUAUCUUUGGAAGCAGAAACAAAAACCUUGUUAACUCUCAAAUCAUUAUAACAACCCUUGUCCUCUGUCUCUCUUUAUCUCUCUGACAAUUUGUGGAUUAUAAUCACUUUUUUGGAUUAAUAAAUAAAUCAAGAAGAUUUAUUUAAACUUAAAAAGAAAAUAAACAAAAACAUUUAAGGAUAUAUAAACAAUAACAAUAAUUAUAAUUUUAAUUAUUAUCAUCAAAACCAUUAACCGGCACAAAUUUUUGUAAGGACUAUAAAUGGCGAACACAGACAACAUGUGUUUGCAACUUAAUGCAUCGGAAUUGUCAGCAAUUAUGAUGAAAGGAUCACAACAAUCCAAUGAUCGUGAUGCUGGUUUUUGUUCCGGAGGAUCCGAGGGUGGUGAUGAUCUCUCAAUGGAUCAUUCAAGACUCGAUCCGAGCAGUCCAACCGAUGCCUCGGAGGAUUCGGUGGAAGUUAAAGUCACCCCCAUCACGCUUAUUCGAAAUAAGAGAAAAAGCACCGAGCCCUCAAAAGUGAUAUGUGAUCGUGAAGAAACCGGACCUCUCAAGAAACGCAUUCGUUACUCGCUGAAUGCUGGUUCGUAUGAACCAUCAAUAAACACCAAACAGCAGCAACACCACCAUCAUCAUCGUACCUCAUGGGAUUCCAAUUCCAAUUCCAGCCAACAAUUGCAGCAACAACAACUACUGCCUCACGAAUUGAUGCCAAAUCCAGCUGAGGUGCUGGUUCGACAUCCGGGAGUCACGACACUCCAUCGAUUGCCAACACACCCAGACGACGAUGAUAUUCAAGAUGAACCACUCGCUUUGGUUCUGAAGAAACCAUCAUCGUCGGAGGACGAUGAUUGCCACGUUCAGGAUGACUUAUUCCAGCAUAAAGAACUCCAUAGUCACAACAUCACACCAUCGGUAGCAUCGUCAAGUGGCAGCAUAAGUGGUGGCAGUUUCAACCAUGAAGGUCGACCCCAGCAACGGAACUACAAGAACAUGACUCGGGAGAGGCGAAUCGAAGCCAAUGCAAGGGAGCGAACUCGUGUUCACACCAUUUCGGCGGCCUACGAAACUCUCCGCAAAGCAGUUCCUUCCUAUUCGAAUAGUCAAAAGCUCUCGAAACUGUCAGUCUUGAGGGUUGCCUGCUCGUAUAUAUUGACCCUGAGUCGAAUGGCCGGUGAGGAUUACAGUGAAGACCAGAGUGAGCCAUCAAUUGCGUCUUGUAUGGAAGCUGUGACAGCGACGAUCCAGACAGAGGGUAAAAUCCGCAAAAAGAAGGAUGAAUAAAAGUUCUGAGCAGUAAGCUUGUACAUAAAAUACCCGCCCAUUUUCUAAAUCUCUUAAGGAUUUUUGUGUUAAUUUUUGCUGAACAUUUUUUUGACAAGAUAAUAAAACAAAGAUCUUGAAAGACAAAGCGUAGUUAAAAAAAAGGUUUCAAAAGAUCUCUAAAAAAAUUAAAAAUAACCAAGACUCAUGAUUGGAAAACAAAUUCACUUCAGAAAAAUAAAUAAUUAUAGAAUCUCAAAAAAUUAAUGGACUUUUUUGGUCCAAAUUUUGAAUUGAUCUUCUUUGAAAUAAAAAUGUCAAAUCUCAUUUGUUUAAGAAGUGAACUUGAAUAUUAAAAAUAAAAACGAUUGUAAAUUUAAAAAAAAAAGCUUUAAUUAUAUUUUGAAUUGUUAAGAACAUUAAAAAAAUUACUUGCAGCGCAAUAUUCGACUUUUGAAAAGCUCUACACAAAAUUGUAAGUAAAAAUUUAAGCUGAAACAUUUUGAAAAAUAACAAAAUCUACGCUUCUAAUUAUAAUUAUAUGAAAAAGAAAAA